AAAUCCCGCGUCCACUUUGAUUCUAAAACCCUAGACCCCAAAUCCAAGAUUCCUGAAACCGACAGCCAGGAAAACUCGGUAUCAACCAAGCCCGUGGAUUCCUCAAUAGGAGGCAGUGGGGCCACCCGAGAACGUUUGGACCAGUCGGAGAUGGAGGUCUCUGGGAAUGCGGACGAGGGGGAAGAAGAAGGAGAGGAUGGAGAGUGCGGGUUUUGCUUGUUUAUGAAGGCGGGUGGGUGCAAGGAGAGCUUUAUAGCGUGGGAGCAGUGCAUUGAGGAGGCUGAGAAGACGAAGGGGGACAUUGUGGAGAAGUGCUCGGAUGUCACUGGGGCGUUGAAGAUGUGUAUGGAGGCUCACGCGGACUACUACGAGCCGAUACUCCGGGCCGAGAAGAUGGUCGAGGAGCAGGCGGUUAAGGAAUUGGAAAUGGAGAAGGAGAAGAAGAAGGAGAAGGAAGCUUCUACCGAGGGUUCAUACCAAUACGUGGUUUCGGAUUCGAAGGUUUCCGAGCGGGGAGGGGCUUCUCAGUGACAAUUGAGACGAUAAGUGUUUUUUUUUUUUUUUUUUCUAAAUUAUAUUUUACUAGGAAUCAAAAUAGCUCUAAUUUGCUGGUAUGACUGGCGAUAAAACAGAAUAUUUUUGGAGUUUUCUCUUCUCUUCUCUUCUCUGUUUUUUUUGUUUGGAAAAUUAAAUUUUGAAUAUAAGGAGGCCGGUUUAGAGGCAA